AUGCUCGCCCGUGAAAUUGAGCCCAGGCGCCUUACACACGAUGCCCUCAUUGUCGGCGCUGGCUUCGGCGGUCUUUACCAGCUGUACAAGCUACGGCAACUCGGCAUGGAUGUCAAAGUCAUCGAUACCGCUUCAGACGUAGGCGGAACUUGGUAUUGGAACAGAUAUCCUGGCGCCAUGUCUGAUACGGAAAGCUACCUCUAUCGAUACUCCUGGGACGAUGAUGAUCUGUUCACCUCACCGAAUCGCUAUGUGAUGGGGCCGGAAAUUUUCACAUACCUACGCGGUGUUGCUGAUAGACACGACUUGCGGAGGCACAUCGAACUUGAGACCUCCCUCGUGUCCGCCGUCUACGACGAGCAUCUUAACAGCUGGACGGUGACAACGUCCCGUGAUCAGAUCAUCACCGUCCGCUACCUGAUCACUGCGCUCGGGCUUCUAUCCAAGAUCAACUAUCCGGAUAUUCCAGGCAUACCCGACUUCCAAGGAGAGAAAUAUCACACGGCGGCCUGGCCAGAGAAUCUGGACUUGACGAACAAACGUGUGGGCAUCAUAGGAAAUGGCUCGACUGGCGUACAAGUCAUCACUGCGCUUGCAAAGGAAGGCAAGGUACAGCGCCUGAUCUCGUUUCAACGGCAUCCGCAGUACAGCGUGCCCGCAGGCAAUCGUGCCCUCACCGAGCGUGAGCGUGUCGAUAUCAAUGCUAGCUAUCAGGACAUCUGGCCCAGCGUCAAAGAUAGCGCCACUGCCUUUGGCAUCACCGAGAGCUUGACCCCGAUGGCGGCCAUUGCUCCAGAAAAGCGCAAAGCUGUGCUACAAAAGGCCUGGGAUGAAGGCAAUGCCUUUCGUUACAUGUUCUCCACCUUCGCCGACAUCACUUACAAUGAAGAUGCAAACGAGGCUGCCGCUGACUUCAUUCGAGAGAAGAUCCGUGAGACAGUCAAGGACCCAGAAAAGGCUCGCAAGCUGUGUCCCAGUGAGCCAUACGCCCGACGUCCACUUUGUGAUAGUGGAUACUAUGAACAGUUUAACAAGGACUUCGUUGACAUUGUCAGCCUGAAAGAAAACCCGAUUGCAAAGUUCAACGAGCGAGGAUUAGCAUUGCAAGACGGAUCCGAAAUCGAGCUUGACGUGAUCAUCUUCGCGACAGGUUUUGAUGCUGUCGACGGCAGCUACAAGAAUGUCACUAUCAAGGGAAGAUCGGGCAUUGACCUCAAAGACCAUUGGAGGGAGACUGGUCCAGCAUCGUUCAUGGGAAUAGCAGUGGCACAGUAUCCGAACCUGUUCAUGAUUCUUGGACCCAAUGGACCAUUCGCCAACAACCCACCCGCCAUCGAAACCCAAGCUGAGCUGAUAACAGACUGCAUUGCUUAUGCAGAACAUUUUGCCACAACACAGGACAAGCACGCAGUUGCAGCUCCAGCCAUUGAGGUGGCGGAAGAGGCUGAGCAGAACUGGACAGAUCUGUGUGAUCAAGCCAGUGCGAACAGCCUCUUUCGAAAGAUCGACAGCAGCUGGAUCUUUGGUCAGAACAUAAAGGGGAAGCGCUUUUCGAGCCUGUUCUACUUUCCUGGUCUGGGCGAAUAUAGGCGCCGCAUUCAAGAGAUGAAAGCAAACGGGUGGGCAGGAUUCCUGUUGUCCGUAGGUCAUGCCGCAUGA